CAACAGCAGCAGCAGCAACAACAACAACAACAACAACAACAGCAGCAACAGCAGCAACAACAGCAACAGCAACGACUUAUCCGACCCCCGCUGUCCAGUCCGGUAAUGCCAGUCGCCGGUGGAGGAACUUCUCAUCAACACAUUGCAUAUCCGGGACCAGGAAACCUACUUCAAAUGCCGUCCUCCCAUCAGUUAUCGCUUGCAAGCCAGCUUGCCCGACUCCGUCCGACCGUCAUGCCCGGUAUGGCUCAAGACAUCUCUAACCCAGGAGCUAGUUUAGCAGCAGCUGCAGCCGCCGCUAGCCUGGGACUUCCAUUCAGUCUAUCUCAUCAUCAUGGUUUGUCAUUAUCCAACCUUGGACUAGGGCUACAUGGGAUGUUACCUACUCCAGAGAGACAAGGGGUCAUGGCGGGGUUCGGGAUGACCACACCACAGCCACAGCUGAACUCUACAACCUAUCCCAGUAGCUUCCCAGCGAUUCCGCAGUCUCUACUAUCCCCUGAUUACCCAUCAGCUGACAUGCUUCCCAAUGAGCUCUUCACAACGCUAGGGAUGAUUCAACCCAUCAAUGCAACAACAACUGGCAGCCCGAGUGAAAUGACCGGAUCAGAUUGCAGUGAUCGAUCAGGCAUGACGUGGCUGGACGCUGCUCAGGUGAUUCUCCAAGAGGCAGGGAAGGCACUUCAUAUUAAGGAGAUUAAGCAACGCAUACUGGAGAGAGGUUUGGUGCAAUCUAACGCUAGGUCCUCACUGGAGGCUGUGCUGUAUAGAGACACUCAGAAGGGAAGCCGUCGCUUCAAGAGAGUUGAUGGGGAAAUCGGAAUGUUCAGAAUACUGACACCAGAAGAGAAAACAAAGAAGCGUAACAAGCCGACCUUGGUUGCCACCCGGAAGAAGACGUCAGCAAAAGAUAACGCAAUUCUGCAAUCAAUUCGCUACAAAGGCAAAUAUCGCAGGCUACGCAAACUCAUCAAACUCAUGAUUUUUGAGAAUGCUGCCCUCAACGACGAGGUUUGUCGCAGUGAGCGAAAAAUCCAACGUGCCCAACAGGAGAGAUUCUUCCUGCUGCAACGCCUUCUGCAUUACCAAGAGAUCUGUGCUAUCCCACCUUCUGCAACCAAAUCGACAUCUGCCUCGAAGCACUCUGUAUCCAAACGCCACGCUGAAGAUGGAGAGGGGAGUCUGGCAUCGUCGCAGGCAUCGGCGAGUAAGCGCGAGAAAGGAGACAAGAAUAAGGCGAAGCGGAAACGCAAGAAGGCUAAAAGGGCAGAUAAAGAUAAGGCAAGGAAGGAAGCUGGGAGAGUUAAAACCAAACGAUCUUCAGGUGUAUCUACAAAACGUCUUGUACAACAAAUACCUUUGGAUUCGUCAGGCAAGCCGAUCUUCCCGAUUAAACUGAGCAGUCUAACAGUCCACAGCUUGGGUCAGAUCGUGACUGAUCGGUCCGACUAUCAUGAUGAAUAUUGCAUCUAUCCUACAGGAUUCUGUAGCAGUCGAAUGUACACCAGCGCUAAAGACCCCAUGAAUAAAUGCCUUUAUACGUGUAAGGUGUUGGAUGCUGGACUCACACCAAGGUUUGAGAUUGUCGCAGAGGAUGAAGCUGAACAUCCAUUCGUCGGUUUGUCUCCUACUGAAUGUCAUAAUAACCUACUGGAUGAGAUAAAUACCUAUGGGGGCAAAGAGAUUCCAAGUGCUAAAGGAAAAGGAACAGACUUCUUUGGUCUCACUCACCCAACGAUUCAAAACCUUAUCCAGAGCUCCCCUGGAGCGAGGAAAUGCACCAAAUACAAGUGGAUGAAAUUCACGACGACCAGAUCUCCCGACCAGGGGGAGGUUCACUCCAAACACAAGAACAAAGACCCUGGGAAGAAGAACCGUCGGGAUGGAGGUUGUGGCGAUAAUGAGAACAUCAAAAGUACAGCUACGAAACCGGCAACAGACUUAAAGGAUACUCUAUCAAGCACAGCUGAAGACCCACAAUGCCCUGCAGCACCCUUCGAAAGCGGCUUACGCUAUCUGCUGACCAGCGUCUCCAAGACUGAACCCAGUGACACCAUCGCAAAGAUUAACCCGAGUCCAGUACUCACACCACCAGCACCCCCACCACCACCACCGCCCCCGCCUCCUGCAUUGAGCAUCAUGCAAACCAGAUCUAAACCUAGUUUAUCAACCCAAGUUGACACUAAGCCGAGCACCAUCCAGACAAGGUCUAAACCAGCUGUGGCGACUUUAACCAAGGGUAAACCGGAUUUAUCAACCCCAGUUAAGGCUAAACCUGAUCAACAAGCAACAAGGGUGCAGACUAGGUCCAACUUGCCCAAUCAGAUGCAGACGAGGUCGAAACCUGGAAGUGGAACGACUGUUCCUAAAACAGACGCACUGCAAGGAGAUAAGCAGACUUCUUAACAGAUGCAUCGCAAGGACAGAAGCAGACUUAUAAACUGUUAAUACUGCACACUCUAGAUUUGAUACGGACUAAGGGCGCGAGUGCCUUAACUGGAUGCUAGUUCAUAAUUCAAUGUGUAGCCACAGGACGUCUUUGAACAACAUCAUAGCUCCUCUACUAGAUGCAUUACAGUACCAACAGAAAACUGGGCCCAAAUGCAUGGCUCUGCUUACCGUAAGCACAGAAUCGGCGCUUACGGAAGCAGGGAAUGUGCUUACGGCCAGCGUAUUUGACGGGUUAGCGGCGAAUUUUGGCACAUCCACUGAAAUAUCUCAAAGUCUAUAAGGAACUUUCAAAAGGGCACCAAGGCCAAGACCAGGGCAACAGAGGCAAUGGCCUCUGUGAAAUUCCAGGUCGGGAUCAUAACAAAAGUAUGAACCUAGCUUUAACCCACUUGGAGCUAGUCGGAGUAGAGAAAUAACACCAUAAAAAGUGAAACAUGAUUGUAUUCCAUGUGCAUAUGAUUUGCUGUUUAUAUUUUAUUUUACCAUGAAAUAUACAUUGUAUUCUUAACAGAAAAGUUUCACAGCCAGAAAUGUAAUAAAGCAGGUUUAAUACCUGGAAUGAAACAUUAA